CUGGUCUUUAGCAAGUAGCAACACGAGGACGGAAUCAAAAGAACUUCUGUCAACAUUUGGUCAGACUUCAUCACGUUGAGCAACACACAAGCAACUCAGUAUUUUACUCAUUUUCAUCUUUCACUAAUUUAAUAACCAAACUACGAAUUUCAAUAAACAUCCAGAUUCGGAUUUCCCCGAAUAACACCAUCCCCAGUUGAACUGAAUCUUUGUUUUCUUCUUUUCCACCUUUCAUGGCGGCAGAUCUCAUUUUCAGGUAAUGCUUCACGCAUUCUCGUUUUCACUUUAUCGAUUACUGUUGCAUCUGUGCUGCUGAAUCAUCACAAGAACGAAAAGCCUGCACAAAUUUCUUUCGUCGAGGGCUUGAAAUCGAAUGAAAACUCGGUUUUGUUGAGAUUUUGUUUAAUGCCAAAUUGAUAUCAAUAGGGUGUCAAGAACAUAAUUAGGUUUUCCCUUUAAUCAUUCUAUUCUUCUCCUCCUGUUCAUACAAAGUUACUGCUAAAAUUAAGCUGUUCUUGUUAAUGGGUUUCUGCGCUUACCCUUUAUAAGCAACUUACAUCAGUCAAAAUCGAGCUUAUUUUUUCUCAAUGACUUCAAUCCCUGAAAAGCGGGUGUUCUCCUCACGUUUGCUUUCAUUCUUGAUCUUCAUUUCAAUGUUCUUCAUACUCAUUUCUUCAUCACUCCUCUUUCGAAUUGGUGACAAUUCCUUCGUACCCAAAUCAAUUUACAACCUAAUUGUUGUUAAUAGUGUCGCAAAUGAACCCAAAUCGAUUUCUUGCAAAGAAAAAUGCCCCAUCAAACCAGUUGCCUCUUGUGAUCCAAAUCAAGCUAUUUUAAAAGUGUUUAUGUACGAUUUACCCCCUGAUUUUCACUUUGGGCUAUUAGGUUGGACAGGAAAACAAAACCAAAUAUGGCCAAAUGUUGGUAACUUUAGUGAAAUCCCUAAAUACCCAGGUGGAUUAAACUUACAACACAGUAUAGAAUAUUGGCUCACACUUGAUCUUUUAUCAUCAAUCACUCAAAAUGUUCCUCGAUCUUGUUCCUCUAUUCUUGUAGAUAAUUCGAGUCAAGCGGAUAUAAUUUUUGUCCCCUUUUUUUCGUCUUUGAGUUACAAUAGGCAUUCUAAGAUUCAAGGGAAUGAGCAAAAUAGUACUAAUGAUAUCUUGCAAGAGAGGUUGGUGGAAUAUUUGAAGGGUAGAGAUGAAUGGAAAAGAUUUGGAGGAAAAGAUCAUUUGAUCAUGGCUCAUCACCCUAAUAGCAUGUUGAUUGCUAGAUGGAAAUUGGGUUCCGCUAUGUUUGUGCUUGCGGAUUUCGGUAGAUAUUCCAAUGAGAUUGCAAAUGUUGAUAAAGAUGUGAUUGCUCCUUAUAAACAUGUUGUUAGGACUAUCGAUGCUAAAAAAUCGCCUUCUUUUGAAGAACGCCCCACGUUGGUGUACUUCCAAGGAGCAAUUUAUCGAAAAGAUGGUGGAGUGAUUCGUCAAGAAUUAUACUACCUAAUGAAAGACGAAAAAGAUGUGCAUUUCACUUUCGGAAGUGCCAUUGGAGGUGGGGUCCGCACGGCAUCCACAGGGAUGUCAUCAUCCAAAUUCUGCCUCAACAUUGCAGGAGACACACCUUCUUCAAAUCGCCUUUUUGAUGCAAUUGUCAGCCAUUGUGUUCCUGUUAUCAUAAGUGAUGAAAUCGAACUCCCAUUUGAAGACAUUCUUGACUACUCCAAAUUUUCCAUUUUUGUCCCUGCAUCAGAAGCAUGCAAAAAAGGGUACCUCUUGAAACUUCUCAGAGGGGUUAAAAAGGAAAAAUGGACAGAAAUGUGGGAAAAUUUGAAGCAAAUUGCACCACAUUUUGAGUAUGAGUAUCCUUCGAAACCUGGUGAUGCUGUUGACAUGAUUUGGAAAGCGGUUUCAAGAAAGAUAUCGAGUUUACAUUAUAAAACUCAUAGGAAAAAUAGAUAUAAUAGGUCGCAAAAAUUCUUGAAUGCUCGUUAAAUUACGCUUUUGCCCUUUUGGAAGAUGAGUAUUUUUAUCUCCAUACGAUAGUAAGUUUUGUUGCACCAAAAUGUUGUAAUAUUGGUGUAGACGACGAGUCAUGUUCAAUCCAGUAUGUUAUCUUGUUACACCAAAAAAAAAAAAACAUUUUUGAGUUGAUUUAUUUUUGUAAGUUUUAUAUAUUUUAAAAAAUAUCCCAUAUGUUAUUAG